GAUAGACAUUCUCAGAUAAUACUUCAACAUUCAGUGACACGUAGUAAAUACUAUGAGUUGCAGUGGUCCUGGUUACAGAUCGCCAAAAGCAGCAAUGCUCGAAGGCCCACGUGAGAAACUUAUGUAUGUAGUGUGUAUUCAUACAGAUAAAAAUAAAUCUGAUAUUCUAUGCACAGUUGAUAUAGAUCCUAAUAGCAUAGAUUAUUGUAAGAUUAUUCAUAAAUUACGAAUGCCUCACAUUGGUGACGAAUUACAUCAUUCUGGUUGGAAUAUUUGUAGCAGUUGUCAUAAUAAACAACAAAAACGAGAUACUCUGAUACUUCCAUGUCUAAUGUCCGACCGUGUUUACUUCAUUGAUACAAGUUCUGAACGAACUCCAUCAAUCAAAAAAGUAUUAAGUUCGAUAGAAAUAAAUCAAUAUGGGAUAUCAACUUUGCAUACAAGUCAUUGUUUGCCAACUGGUGAAAUUUUGAUUUCUGCAAUGGGUAAACCAAAUGGGGAUGCUAUAGGUGAAUUUCUUUGCAUCAAUGCAGAAACACUUGAAAUAAAAGGUACCUGGACCAUAGGAGAGAAAAAAGCAGCAUUCGGUUACGAUUUUUGGUAUCAACCGUAUCAUGACGUACUCGUUGCAUCUGAAUGGGGCGUACCUAGAAUUUUCAAAAAAGGCUAUACUACAACUGAUAUAGCCGAUCCUACAAUAUAUGGAAGAAGCUUAAAUUUUUAUUCAUGGAACGAAAGAAAAUUGAAACAAGUUUUAAAUUUGGGUGAAGAUGGAAUUGCGCCACUUGAAAUACGAUUUCUUCAUAAUCCAAAAUCUAGCGAAGGAUUUGUAGGAUGUGCGGUUACUUCAAAUGUAUAUAAAUUUUAUAAAACAUCAAAUGGAGAAUGGACUGCAAAAAAGGUGAUUCAAAUUCUUAAUAAACAAGUAGAAGGAUGGAUUGCUCCACAAAUGCCAGGAAUGAUAACGGAUAUUUUGAUUAGUCUUGAUGACAAAUAUCUCUACUUAUCAAAUUGGCUUCAUGGUGACGUUAGACAAUAUAAUAUUUCUGAUACGGAAAGACCAAAAUUAGUUGGUCAAAUUUUUCUUGGUGGCUCAAUUUUAAAUGAUUCAAAAAUUCGUGUAAUUCAGGAUAACGAACUUACUGAACAACCGGCUCCAACUUAUAUAAAAGGCCGACGUCUUUAUGGAUCUCCACAAAUGCUUCAAUUAAGUCUUGAUGGAACACGUUUAUACGUGACCACUUCCAUUUUUAAACCAUGGGAUCAACAAUUUUAUCCUGAACAUGUCAAAAAUGGUUCAACCAUGGUCAAGUUGGACAUUGAUAUUCAAAAUGGAGGUUUAAAACUCGAUGACGAAUUUUUGGUAGAUUUCGGUAUAGAAAAAGAUGACAUUUUACUUGCACAUGAAAUGCGUUAUCCAGGAGGUGAUUGUACAUCAGAUAUAUGGCUACCAGAAGAUUAAAAUAUUCAUUGAUUCACAAUAUUUUUUUUAUUAGAAUUAAAAAUAAUAUAUUUUAAUCAAUAUUCUUUAAAAAUAUUAAAUUUUAUUAAUUAUAGAAAAGAAUAUUUUUAAGCAUCUU